UGGGGGCGGUCCCCGCCGGGACCCCGGACCAUGUCCCGCAAGCAGGCGGUGAAGGUCCGGCCCGGCGGCGGCGGCGGCAAGAAGGGCGAGGCGGAGCGGAAGCGGGACGAGCGAGCGGCGCGGCGAGCGCUGGCCAAGGAGCGGCGCAACCGGCCGGACCCCCGCGCCGACCCCCGCGCCGACCCCGGGCCCGAGGACGAGUUCGUCGGCUUCGCCAACCAGCUGCAGGCCCUGGGGCUCAAGCUGCGGGAAGUGCCGGGGGACGGCAAUUGUCUGUUCCGAGCCCUGGGCGAUCAACUGGAGGGGCAUUCACGCAGUCAUCUCAAACACCGCCAGGAAACUGUUGACUACAUGAUAAGACAGCGGGAGGAUUUUGAGCCCUUUGUGGAGGAUGACAUUCCCUUUGAAAAACAUGUUGCCAGUUUGGCAAAACCUGGUACUUUUGCUGGCAACGAUGCUAUUGUAGCCUUCGCAAGAAACCAUCAAAUGAACGUGGUGAUUCAUCAGCUUAAUGCUCCUUUGUGGCAGAUUCGUGGUACAGAUAAAUCCAACGUAAGGGAGUUGCAUAUUGCUUAUCGGUAUGGAGAACACUACGACAGCGUGCGGAGAAUAAAUGACAACUCCGAAGCUCCCGCCCAUCUGCAGACGGAGUUCCAGAUGCUUAGUAAAGGUGAAGCAGAUAGACGAGAGAAAAUCAAGCCAAAGAGGGAAGAGUUCGAAGAGGACUUGAAGGAUGAAGCAGAAGACGCUGUUCCGAAAGAUGUGAAUUUAAUAGUCCAGAACCUGGAAACUGAGAAUUACAACAUUGAAUCUGCAAUACUGGCCAUGCUUCAGAUGAACCCAGGGAAAAGAAAUGUCCCAUAUCUUUCUUCGGAAGAGUCCCAAGAGAAACUGGAGCCUGACAGCCAAACUCAGAAACUACGCGGUCCUUUAUGGGAAGAGAGCAGAAAUGGAGCCAAAACCUCUGGAUGCCAGGGCUCAAGCGAAGGUGGAACAGAAAACAACAAGAUUCAGCGUAGCCCAGUUGAAGAAAAUAAAGCAAAUAAAAACCAGCUCCCAAAGGUAACGAGUAGACAAAAGAAAGAGCAACAGCGCCUGGAAAAGAAGAAGAGACAGGAAGAGAAGCACCGCCAGAAAGCCCUGGAGAACAGAAGUAACAAUACAGAUAAUAACAGAAGUGAGACGGAUGCUAAUACUCAAGUCACCUUAGUGAAGACCUUUGCUGCUCUGAACAUCUGACUCUGUGGGCUUGAGGGGUUUUUAGUAAGCUGAAGGAAAAGGAAUCGUUGAACCCGGAAGUGUCCCAAGUUUUCCAAUGAAGCCAUCUUUAAACACAACAAGAAUUAGUUUGUCCCCAGCUCUCUUUUCUAAAUUGCUUCCUUAAUGCAUGCUUUUUUGUGUUUGUUGUUUUAACUUAUUUUUGUUUAACCACAAGUGCAGUACAAACCUUAGCUGUUACAACACCGAGAACUUCAGCUGAUGAAGGAGAUUAGGCCAGGUGAAAAAAACUCGAAAUGUGGCUUGGCUCUUUCUACAAUCUGAGUUCAGUGGUCUUGGGCUCCUUCGUUAGCAUCUUGUGGGGGGUGAGUUUUGCUGUAUUAUUGUUAAUACUGUAGAUUCAUUGUUAAAUAUCCAAGAAUGACCAGUCUCUUUUCUUUUACCCCGCAGUUUUUAAGAAUUAAUGACAGGGUAGUUUGUAAAUGAUCUCCAACUCAGGAACAAAUUUAGAUUUCACUUUUUCUUCUAAUCCAAAUUGCUUAAAACAGAAUUCAGGAAAUCUUUUCCAGAGCUCUUCAACAGGAUGAAAAAUCAUUCGUCUACAUUUCUCCACCUUCUACUGUAAUGUUUCCACCUGCAUGUAGAGUCUCUCAUUUCUGUUGCAUUCAAGCCAUACGAUGAAGACUCGUGACUGUUAACGACGCUUGGGCUGUGCAGGAAAAUCAGGGCUGGUCGAUGUGUCUUUUUUCAAGUAGGUUUCUUGCAGAUGAAUAGAUGGUUUCCUGUUGUUUACAGGAGAUUGCCGGGUUUCUGAAAUGCUUGGUGUGGGAGCCUCCUUUAACCAAACUGCUUUCAUAGAUUAAGAGAGGUGAAGGAUUUCCUGAUUUAUUUCUGGGGAAAAGCUUCACCCAAAAUGAAUUCUGUAAUUCCAAAGCCUCUUUUAUGAGUUACAAAUCAGGAUAUCUGAAGACUGGCAUUUAAAAAACAACAACAGAAAGUCUUUGGGCACCUGGUAUUCCUUUUCCUCUUUUUCAGAUACAGAAAGCUGCUACCUAGGUUUCUUUAGCUUCGUGAAAACUAAGCUAGUGGAUAAUAUAAUUACUUUUUAUUUCCUCCUUACCCCUGUUUGGGAUUUUUGAGGUCUAAAACUUCCCCCACAGAGGUCUGAGUAACUUGGAGCCAGGAGUUCAGAUUAGACAUCUUUGUCAGUGCUUCUGAGCUGGGUCAUUGCAUGUCUGAUUGUACACUAGUGUCGGUAGGUUGGAAAAAGAGGAGAGGUGGCAAUAUCCUGGUUUUUCAGAUGUGUGGAGAGUAGGGUUUUAAAAGCUGAAUGUGUGGACUGACUCAUCUCUGACAAACUUCGUUUUCGGGGCUAACAUGUUUGGCUACAAGUCAUGAGUUAAGUGAUGUUAUUUGCAGAUCAGGUGCUUUAAGAAACUCCAGCAGCUAUAAAAAAAUCCUAGUAGGGGGAAAUUUACGAGCAAUAUUUGAUUUGUAUACAUAUAGUCUAGGCCGGCCCUAGAUUCAUGGGAUUAUAUCUUUUUUUAACAACUGAAUCCCUGCUUUCUGGUGUGUAAUUUUCUUUGUCCAAGCUUUUGAUGAAUUGCACUGUAAUUAUGAAUCAUCUCAUGGGUUUUUUUUUUUUUUUUGGUUGUGUGGUUUUUGUUUUUUUCCAGAAGAGGGUGGUUUGGGACCUUUUCAAAAUACAAUGUAAUGUUUUUCAGGUUUUUUAAAUAGUUCACGGGACACGGACUGUGCAUAUUGGUCUCAUUUACAACCUUUUCCUCUGCAUAUUGCAGAAUUCCCUGCAUUCAGUAGCCUGUGCUUCCUUAUCCCAACUCUCCUGGACGCCUGCCUUUAAGUACGUUCUUUUCGGGACACUCUCUAGCCCUGAAGACAUGUGCCGUUUGGUGCCCUUCUCUGGACCAGAGCCUUUUCUGAUUUGAGCAGCCGGAAAGCAAAAGCGAGACUGGUGUGUGGAUCUUGAUCGGUCAGAGGUGCCUGAUUAAAAGGAACUUCUCCAAGACAUGGUAGAGGAAGCUUCGUCCUUCCUUCACUGGCCGCUACAUCCAGGAGAGACGUAAGGGAGAAAUCACGCUACGUUGUUCAGUACGAUCGGGAAGGAGAUAAUGGACCAAAGCGAGUGUGGCGAUUCCAGUUGCUCAAAUUCCCUGUUGGUGUGGGAAAUGCCAGCAGGGAUUAAGGGGGUGGAAUGUGAUUGUUGGCAUGUGUUUGCAGUUCCUGCUACAAGGUUUGCUCCCUGGAUGGGCAUGUGGUUACAUAAAGGGAAAACAAACUGGCGGAAGAGUACGCUCUAAGGAUGGGCUUCAAUAACCCCAGUUGGUUGCCACACUGAACUUCAGGGGGACAUUGGGGACUGGGCUGGGUGGUUGUGGAACAUGGACAGGAAACAUGGGGAUAGCACAUGUUGUCUGGAGAAAGUUGUGGCCCUAGUGGAGCUGCUGCUGCCUUCCGUCUGGAAGUAUGACUGUAAAUCUAGCGACUGCCAUUCCAACCCUCUUACUUUUUUGCUCCCAAUAGCACUCAACUGCGAUGGUGUCAGGAAAUACCUCCUGCCACCUCAGAAGUGGGUAUCCCCUCGGGGCACGCAAACCAGAUAGUUUUUCUUCCAUAAGUCCUGAAAGCACUUCUAUAGCCAUAUCAAGAUUUUAGAGAGUAUACUCUCCCUGGAGAGCAGCAAGAACGGGCCUAAGGAGAGGAGAAAUGAGCAUAUCAUUUAGAUAAGGUACUCCAGGGGAGUCCUUGAAUGUGAAUCAGUUGGAUUUAUUGAGCGCUUACUGUGCGCAGAGCGCUUGUGAAUAUGUUUCAAAGGGGAAAAUUGUAUUUCUCCCUCAACUAGAUGUGCAUAGGCUGACCUGGCCGGCUGGUCAUUGUGCUGGGGAGGUUCUGGAUUUUAGCGUGGGAAAUUUACACUGUGAAUGCUCGUUUAGCAGAGAUGGUAGGCCAUGUCAUGGCUUCCAUUUUUACACCUUUCUUCUUUCAGAGGAACUCCCUAAGUCUCUGCCUGGGUUUUACCCGGUUCAGAAUUAGAACACCUCGAUGGAAUGGAUGCAGCGAUAAUCAGUUCAACCUCCUGUGAAUGUAACAUACCAUAACUGCUCAGAUCCUUUUCCUCUCUGAAGGUACGGAAAGGGACUCUGAGGUGAAAGUAGCUGUGGAAAGUCAUUCUUGCCCAAAAGGUCCUUUCAGGGAUGGAAGAGAGGAGUUUAAUGUCUUCAUUUGUUGGGCCGGUGACUGUCUCUUCCUCUGCUUUGGUUAUAAAAAUAGAAAUUGAUCUGUCUCCCUUGUGGUUGUAUCUGCGCUUGAACUAUGAAUCCGCUAGAUCGAGUCCAUCAGUUUUUCUCGUGUUUUGCUGCCUCUCCGAUUCUUUCUGCCAUUCUCCAUCUUGUGUUUCCCGCCACUGAGGCACUGAAAUGGAGUGUGUUUCAUAAUAAGUGUGGGAUCAGUAAUACAGAGUCUUUUCCUACUAGAUUAUCUUACGGAAUCCCACCACAGUUCAUCAGGAAGGGAAGGCAACCUGUCGACAAUCGCGUGGUCCCCUGGGAAGCCAAUCGAUACAUCUGGCUGUAGUACCUUGUGAGAAGAACUCUGAUAUUUGGUGUCCUUCACGUCAGAUCGAGGCCCGUAGACCGUUUCAUCCUAACCCCGGUCCCUUCACCAUUGCUCGAGAGACACGGAAUGGCGUCCAGGCCGAAAACUUGUGACGCCUCUCUUGCCCUUCCUUUUUUGUGCAUCUCCUGAUCGACGUCAGUCCAGCACCUCUUCACCAGCAGCAAGUUCAUUUAAAAGGAAGUUAAAAGCUAUUGCACUUCAGGUGACUCAGGAGUCAAAGCCAAUUUGUCUAAGGCUGAAACUGUGGUUGUAGCAUGCGUGUAUUCCCCUUUCUAGAGGGGAGAGACAGAAAGAGAGAGAGAGAGAGAGAGUGUGUGUGUGUGUAUAUGUGUGUAAAGAUGAGUCUCCAGAGAGCCUUUUUCGCAUUAUCUAAUUGCACAAUGCUUAUUUUAGCUUUCAUCUGGAGAUACCUUAGACCUCCAAGAGAGCAGGAGCCAUAGAGCGAACAAAUGUAGCCUCAUCUAAGGAUCUCGAUUGUGAGACUUGAGACCUACAGUCUUAAAUGGUACACCCCCAAGGUGUUGUCUUUCUGUGGAUUUCCGUUGAUCUGACACUUAAAAAAAUGAACCAAAGUACUGUAUUUGGCUAUCUGCAGUGUUUCCCAGACCAAAUGUUUCUGUUCUCUUUUCUUCAUUUUAAAGACUUGGUGCAAUAGAAGCUGCAAAGAUGUGCCACUUUAUGAAACUGGAGUUUUGUAUAACCAAUCAAUUGUAGAUUAAAAGCAAAGCUUUCGAGUUGGUUUUUUUUUUUAA